UCUGUGUGAAAAAUCCAGACGAAAGUUGCAAGACAAAGAUGAGGUUCAAUUAAUUGAUUUGGUCUUUAUGGGAAGCACUUCCCGUCAAUAUUAUCCACCAGAUGCCCCUCAAGAUUCAUUCAAUAAUGUAGAAAGAUAAUUGACGAUCCAAACUGGAAAAUAAUUACGGGGGACGUCACCUAGCAGUUGCUCUCAUGAAUCUGAAAAAGUUGAAGGGGCAUAACAAACUAUUCCAGUAUUUGCAGCAGGUACUAAUUGUCGAGGGGCAUUCCACAGAAAUAUAUUGUCAUUUCUACUAUUUUGGGACAACAUUAGCCACUGCCCUGACGGUUGCAUCUAUCGGUGUCGGCUUUGUCGCAGUCUCCUGGGCAUACAGGGAUCAUAGAAGGGAGAGGGCCGAGAUGAGCAGUGCCAGGAACGUUGUCUGGUGUUUGCUGCUAGCCGAGAGGGACAGAGCAUUUUUGAAGCAGAUGAGAGCAAAUCGUGAAGAAGAACGCGAGCUGAUGAAAGACUAUCCAGGAUGGGUGGUGGGUACCUACUUCGGAGAGCCAAUCUUCGAAGGUGGAGACCCAACAGAGCUCAUCGAACCCACCUUCCACGAGUACGCAGCUCAUACAUCGCAGUAUAACACCUACGAGAGAGUUUUACGUGCCACACUGUCGUAAAUAAAUGGAAUUAUGGAUUCGUUCUGAAUGUGAUUAGUCCGAAGAAGUGUCAAGUUAAGUGGAGGUAUUCAAGCAAGUGUAUAGUAAAUGAACUUCAAUAAAUUAAUAUCUAAAAUUUA